AUGGGUUGGGGAAUUCUCCAAGAUGCGCAUAUGGCGACACCGCCAGGUACAGCUACAAUUGGUGGGAACGACGCUGCAGAUCUCGACAUUACAAAAGCUGACAACGAAUUGCUCAAGCGUGAUGGCAAUAUCAUCUUGCAACCCCAACCCUCCGAUAGUCCCAAUGAUCCUCUCAAUUGGUCGCGAGCUUGGAAGGAGUCCAUCAUGGUAAUCCUGGCGUUCAGUUCUGGAGUUACAACAGCACUUGGUCCAAUGGUUACGCCUGGUCUUCACGUGGUUGCAGCAAAGUAUCAUGUCAGUUUGGACAUGGCUUCGAGCCUCCUGAUUGGGUUCCUUGCCUUUUGGAUAGGGUUUACGACGUUUUUCACAGCCUCAGGCGCGAACAUCUGGGGGAAACGGCCCUUCUUCGUAAUAUCGACCGUCAUUCUGUUGGCAACGAACGUUUGGGGGUUUUUCUCCGUGUCCUUCCCUUCCUUAGCCGUCAUGCGCGUGCUCCAAGGAAUGGCUUCGGCCCCUUUGGAAACCCUCGUCACCUCAACAGUUUCUGAUCUGUUCUUUGUCCACCAGCGCGGUACUCGAUUGAGUAUUUGGGGUUGCAUGCUUGCUUCAGGAGUACUUCUUGGUCAAACAAUCUCUGGCGCAAUCAUUGAGAACAUAUCGUUCGAGGCAACAUUCGGUAUUUCAGCCUUGAUAUUCAUUCCUAUCCUGUUGUUUCUAUACUUCGUAGUCGUUGAAACAACUUACAAUGGACCCCGCGGGACAUCCGUGGAAAUCGAAGAAAAGGGCUCUUUCUGGUCCGUAAAUACGGAUGAGAAAGAGGCCUAUCGCUCACAGCUACGUCUCUUUCGCGGUCGACUCUCGGGCGAUUCUUUCUGGAAAGGAGCCUGGAAACCUGUACCACUUAUCGCGUACCCUGCGGUCCUUUUCUCGACAGUCGUCUACGGAUCCUACUUCACGUGGCUCCUGACGAUAUCUGUUCUCUCCGUCACUGCAUUCUCGGCGCCACCAUACAAUUUAGGUCCAGCACAAAUUGGGUUGACCAACUUGCCUCUACUCGUAGUGAACCUCAUUGGGUCUCCACUUUCAGGUUGGAUGGCAGAUGCAGUUGCAAAAUUCAUGGCCCGUCGCAACAACGGUAUCUUCGAACCUGAAUUCCGACUCACCUUGAUGAUGAUCGCGACGCCUCUCGCAACCGCAGGAUUUCUGGGCUUUGGAAUGAGUGUUCAAAACCAAGCACCUCUGGUCUGGCCGAUUGUAUUCAUGUCCAUACACUCACUUUCCGUACCCUUUGCAUCGCAAGCUUCGCUCACCUAUGUCAUCGACUGUCAUCCAAAGGAUGCGAAUCAAGCUUUUGUUACGAUCAAUUUCACGAAAGCAGUGUUCACUUUUCUGGCGACGACUUAUGCCAAUGGAUGGUAUGCGAGUGUUGGGCCGAGAGGUGUGUUCGAUGCGAUCACGCUUAUCAAUUUGGGAGUAUGCUUCCUGACAAUUCCGGCCUACAUCUUUGGAAAGCGUUUCAGAGCUAUUGUUGCGAGGAGUAAGUUCGGCCAGAGUGUAUCUAGGUAG